AUGAGCUCCGAUAAGAGCGGAGGAAUUUUUGACGGGCUGCCUAUUUCGGCAGAGAAGUCCGUAAGUAUCUAAUGCACCUUUUCUGUAAUCGUUUUCUCUGAUUUACAUACAAUUUAUGUCUAGCUAGUGGGUUUAAUUUUAAAUAUUUUGGGCAUUUUAUUUUAUUUUAACAGCAAGCCAUGUGCUAGCAUCAACUUUCAUUUUUUGACAUGAAAAAGGAAAUUCAAUGUCCCCAUUCUUACAUUAAUGUUUUCAACAUGACUGGGAUAUUUCCCAGAUCAUGGAAAAGAUGAUCUCUAUCUUCCCUUCAUUCCAGUCCCACAGAUAUUUGUAUAAGUUUCGGUUUUAGUAGUUUGAGAAAAAAGUAAAGCUAUUCUGUCAUUUAAAAAAAAUUUAUGAUUCCUUGAUGAUAAAAAGCCAAGCCACAUGCCUAGAAUUCCUUUGCACAAAUACAAAUGUGGUUCUUGCAAUAUCUUUAAUGAGAUAUCUUUUGCAUGAGUAGUGAUGUCCUGCGAUGAUAAGCUACAGACCUCUGUGGCAAUGACGUCAACAUAUUGUGUGGGCCCAAAUAGAGGGUAAAUUUUUCAAUGAAAGGUCAGGGCUCACACCACCUGUCUUCUAGAACUAGGUCAUUUAUCCAUUGUAUAUACAAAUGACUACAUUGUCCAUUAUGAAAUAUGCCGCAUUUGUCACAUCACCUCAUGUUUUUUCCCAUUUCUGGGAAACUAUUGCUGGCAUUCGUGGAUUUAUAAUGAUUAAAAAAAAAGAAUUUCAGUCAUAUAGUCAAGUUUUUCAAGUUUCCCACCUCUAAUAUGCUGACUGUUCUUGUCUUUCAAUGACAAUCUCCGAGUAGCUGUCCUAUCUGAUUAGAAUGGUUAUGCUAGGUGUGCACACAAAGACAAGAAUUACUGAGUGCAAUGGUGAUAUUAUAUUCUUCAGUUGGUGGUUUCCAUGUGUUCUCCCUACAGAUACUGCUCACAUCAUAGGUAAUAUAGGACAAUUGUGUUUAAAUUAGAAAGAAUAAUGACAAGAUGGAAAGAUGAGGGCCUGUCCUACGAGGGGCAUGUGCUGUGUAGGGCUGUGUGAUCUAGAACUUCCCAUUUGGUAUUCAUCUCUGUUCAGAAUUACAUAGGUCCUGGCCAAGAAGUUGAAAUCGAUUCAAGCUGGUUUUUUUUGACAAUACAAUGGUAACAGGAGUAAUGUAUGAUGAAGUAUCAAUUGGGAUAGAAUUAUCAAGCAUAAGGUGGAUUUAAAACUUUUUAUCGUUAAUAUCUGGGAUUUUAAUUCAUAUUUUAAUAGCAAGUGUUUAUGGAAAUGUGAUGGCAAAGAUGAUGGGCUCUAAGCUUGAAUCCGUCAAAGGCCUGUCUUCUGUCAAAUUGACUCUGGGUGAUGUCUAAAUAAGGCUUUUCAUCUCAUUCUGUUAUAGUCCUCUCAAAAUCCAGGUUGAGUAUCAAGCCCUCCCUUUGUUAAUUCUUGAUAGCAUGAAGUGGUUCAUAAAUCACCCAAAAACUUUCUGGAAUUUAGUCACAAGGGAUAAAGGCACUCUUCAAUGGACCUUUGUUUCUGUACCCUGACUUUUGGUUUCAUCAUCAGAGUCAACCCUAAAAGUUUUGUUAAGACACCUCCAAUGAGUCUUAGCUUCUUUAAACUAUUUUGUAUCAUUCAUAAAAUCCUGAUUCAUUGCGUCCCAUGAGCCUUGGUAGAAUACUAGAGAAAACCUAUCAGGACUUGGAGCCUUCUCCCAUGCCAAAUUAAAUGCAGGUUCUUUUACAUCUCUUAUUGUUAUCAUACAUAUCGAUACUCUUGGUUUCUGUCCAUGCUUGUGAGCUGUGAGCUGUGAGCUGUAAGCUGUAUGCAAUCUCCUUAAAGAGAGCAGUUUUUAUGCCAUCUUCGUAUUCUUAUUGAGUUUAUGCUUCUUACUUGUUUGCAGCACCUGAGAGAAGACCUUUUGAGAAUAGAUGAAAGUUGGGCGGCAGCACGUUUUGAUUCUUUGCCUCAUGUUGUCCAUAUACUGACUUCAAAGGACCGUGAUGCUGAGAUUCAGUUCUUGAAAGAACAAGGUGAUGUGAUUGAGGAAGUUGUAGACGAAGUUGUUCAUGCAUAUCAUAGCGGUUUCAACAAAGCAAUUCAAAACUAUUCACAAGUAUGUUUGAGAGCUUGAUGACAUUUGUUUACACUUUUUAAUUAAUAUCUUAUUUUUACGAGUAUGUGAUUUCCAAUAACAAGCAGUGCGAAGUCUUCACUUGUUUUCUUCCUCCACUACUGCUUUUAUUGAUUGAAAUAUACUUGUAAUUAUUAUUUCUUGCUCUGUAUGUUUGUGAUGGGCUUCUCUUUGUUUUAGAUAUUAAGAUUCUUCAGUGAGUCAGCACAAAGCAUAUCCUCCUUGAAGACACAUUUAGCUGAAACAAAGAAUUUUGUUGGUUCACGUAAUAAGCAAUUGCGCCAGUUGUGGUAUCGAUCUCUUACAUUACGCCAUAUAAUCUCUCUGCUGGAUCAGAUUGAGGCUGUUGCAAAGGUUAGUCUUUCAAUGUCUCUCCAUCGUUUGAUUUAUGCUGUUAUUCUUUCUUGCCUCAAUUUUUCCGUUUCUCUUUUCUUAUCAUAGGUUACAGCAAUUUCAUUAUCAUCCAUAAUGCAUGAUUAGAUGUGCAUUGACUCGUCCUUGUUACAUCUUAUUUCAUUAUCAUCCAUAAUGCAUGAUUAGAUAUCCAUAGUCCAUUUCUGCAUCUUAUUUAAGUAUGAUUACAUCUCUCUAUUUUUUUUUAGCGUAAAGAAAGUCUUUUUGUUCUAUUCCUCAAGUUGCUGUUGUUUCUCGUGUAAAAUUUUUAUUUGUUUAAGGCAACAUCAAGAUUUUCUUCUUCAGUGUAGAUGCGGAUUCAUAUUACAAAGUAUUCAGUUGGCUCCAGGAUAACAGCCUAAUGCCUUUUCAUUGACUCGUCCUUGUUACAUCCUGUCUUUUGAAUUUUGUAAUUUGUGUACACAUUUAAUAUAUUGCAUGCUAACUUGAACAUUAAAUGUGUGUAGGUUCCUGCUCGCAUUGAGAAUCUUAUUUCUGAAAAGCAGUUAUAUGCUGCAGUCCAAUUGCAUGUUCAAUCGAGCCUGAUGCUUGAAAGAGAAGGCCUCCAAGCGGUAGCUAAUUACCCUUUCAAUCAAUGGGGGAUGAAUUUAUAUCCUUUAUUUAUAAUAUAACGCAUGUUUGUUAUUUCAGUUUUUAUAACAUAUUCAGAGUAAGAAUACUGGUCCUGUGUCAGAAUGAUAUUCACUAAAAUCUAAAGAUUUGCAUCUCAUAAGGAUUUUCUUUUCUAUGCCCUUUGGCCUUUGUUGUAAAAAGUUUCUUUAUCGGGCACAGUUGUUUCACGUAAUAUUGUGGGAAAUGACAUAUAUUUAGUAGCUCGGCUCUUAGUUGGUCGGUUUCCUAUUUUGCAGCUUCUUAUUUUAUUUAUCUCGUGACCCUUGUAUAUAACUAGCUGCCAACGAUGUGAAUAAUAAGCAGAUUUUAUUUUCAAAUGUAUACCGUCCUGGGGUUUGUAUCACUGUAUAGUUUUCAACGUGGUAUCAGAGCGUGGUUUGUAGUAUCUGGCUUCUAGGGAACCUAGGGUUUGAUUCCUGCCUUUUGCCGCAACCUAUGGUUUCCUCAGAUUAGUACUUUGAUUAGUUGAGAGUUGCUUUGUUCAAGCAACCAUGAGGAUCUUAUCAUUCUGGGCACUCGAAUGCUGGGGAGAAGAACCGAUGACAGGACCGAAGGUAGGGAUGGGUACUACCAGAUUAAUGCUGGGUUCGUGCCUUGUAACUGAAGAAUAGUAUAGUUCUUGUAAUGCUGGGUGCGUGCCUUGUAAUUAUUGCUGUCACAGUGUAUCUUCAUAACUGGAACAAAACUCUAUUGUGACAGCAAGUUUGUAAUUAAUGCAGCUCACAACUUUGUGUAACAUGAUCGAAUAAAACACAUUGAUAUUGAUAGACAUUUUAUCAAUGAAAGUCGGAGAGCAAAUUGAUUUGUACACCUUAUGUCUCUACACAUGGAUAACUUAUACUGUGUAAAUACUGCGUUAGCUGUUGUAUCACAUGCUUUACUUUACAAUAUCAUGUUUAAUGUCUUUACUAUAAUAUAACUUCUUUGAAAACAUUGACAGUUAUAUUAGUUUCAGUGUGGUUUUGUCAGCAAAUUGCAUCAUGACCAUCAUCUGUACUUGAUCUUUCUCAAGGUUGGUGCCAUGCAAGAUGUUCGAUCAGAAUUGACGAAGCUGCGGGGUGUCCUCUUCUACAAGGUUUUGGAUGAUCUGCAUAGUCACCUUUACAACAAGGGGGAGUAUAGGUAGGCUUCUUUCUCUCUAUUACCAUACUUAAAUGAAUUAGCCCAUCUAGUCUUAUUUUGUUGCUCUAUUUGCUUCAGUAAUGAACUUGAUUUCUUGAACUAAGCUACGAUAGUCUUGAUUUACAGCUCAGCAAAUUUGAGGUUAUCAGAUGGAGAUGAAGCAUUGCUGACUACUGUGGCUGUUGCAUUGUCAACAAACAACAUGCAUUCUUUAUCUAGAAGAACCAGAUCUAUAAAAGGAGAUGGCCAUUUGGGUACUUUGGCUUUUGGAGAUGGAUAUUAUAGACCUUCUAUUGAUGGGAGGUAGGUUUUCAUCUAGAGCGGACACCCUUGACUUGAGCUUUACUCACCUUUUCUAACGGUUCAAUUUUGAACUGGAUAUGCUUCCCUUGAAAAACUUUCCAUAGAUACCUUCUAUCAUGAAUGUUUAGCACUUUGAGAUUACCGUCUCUCAUCUACUAGAUGAUUCAUUAUUUACCCUUACAGGUCUGCUCAUUUCUUGCCUCUGAAACUUGUUACGGCUAAAUCCUUUCAAUGUGGCAUUAUUCUGAAACCACAUAUCUUUCAGUCAUCUGGGGUUCUUUUUAGACUUGUUGUUAUGUGUCUCAUGUACUGAUGUUAAAGUUCCCAUAUUUGCCAUUUUCACUUUUUUGAUGCAAAUGUUAAAGAGAACUUACGUUGUAAACUCACAAGGUGUCAAUUUUGUCCAUGUUACACCCCACUAGCAACUUUCCUCGCAUUCAUCCACCGGAAUCUUGUUCCCUUGAGCAGAGAUCGCCUUAAUCUUUUUGUCACAUAUCUGUUCUCUGAUCUCUCUGAUAUCGUCGUUACCCUACAUUUUCAGACCAUUUUAGUAGAUUUGUUGAUGUUUGUACAAGAGGAUUUUGUUCCCUAUCUUAUUACCUUUUGUGAAUGCCUUAUUGUUGUAUUCACUGGCCUUAUCUAAGUAUAACUCUUGUUUUCAGUUCAACUUUGGAUGGCCUUGACGAUGAGGGUACUUUGGAGACAGUUGAUGGGGCUACAUCUGAUGGUUUGCUGUCAUCAGCAAGGCAUGGUUCUGGUGGCGGUCAUGUAAAGGAGGCCAAGGCUACUUCUCACCGAAUUCCAAUGUGGCUUUCACGUUCUACGCCAGACGAAUUUAUUGUAUGUUCUUUGGACAGUUGAAAAUAUUACUGAGAAAAUGUUAUACUUUGUUUUUCCUUAUGAGUUAUUGACAAUUGAUUCUGCAUCAUGAAUUGAAAUUUAUUAGUUUUCAUAUUGCAUUACUGCAUUCUAUAAAUCCAUGUAUCAUACUUCCUCAUCAGGGUGUUUUCUGUUUGGACAAUUCUUGAAGUAUAUAGUCAGAGCUCCCACUCCAUUUUGUAGCCAAUUCUUCUUUGAAGUUUUUUUUCUUUCAAUUCUUUUUUUGUUGCCCAGGAUGUCAUCCUUUUUUUCUUGGCUGUAGGAAAAUAUGAAAAAAAAUGAUGCUUCUCUCAAUGUGAAGUACCUGCAGACGUUAGUGGAGUGUCUUUGCAUGCUUGGAAAAGUUGCUGCCGCAGGGGCAAUAAUAUGGUAUUCUUGUGAUCUUUGGUCACUGGUUUUUUUUUUUCCCGCUUUUAUUUCUAGACAAAAAUAUAAUCCACUUGUUAUUGUAGCCGAAAAAUGAUAUAGCUGAAGUUUUUGGCUGGUGCGCUUCCAUGAUCAUGCUCUCAUUCUUUAUUGCUAAAAGUGGAUUUAUUUCGUAUAUUAUUUGAUUUGAUUAUUUUUCUGAUGAAGUUUCUUUCAUAAAUGUUGUGUUUUUAAACUUGAUUAGUCUUUAUAAAUAUAAUGACUUGGGGGGUGUAUUGGAGUUAACUUCCUUCACAUUGUUAUCUUGGAAAGAAAACAUCAUCUUAUUCAGUUCUUGGGUUUAAUAAAACCGUUGUUGGUCAUUGGUAUAAAUGUUUUUAUAUGAUGGGGAGAAUUUAUUAAGUGGAAACUUUUUGCCUGUUACUGGAUAGAAAGUAUGCGACUGGGGAGAAUCUUCUGGUUUACUUUAGGUUACUGUUUAACUUCUGUUUCAGUGAGAUUAUGUUGGGUUUUUUUAUUCCAGGCGACAGAUAUUGAUUAUUUAGUUUUUUUUGUCUCAAAACAGUCAGAGAUUGCGGCCCACCAUCCACGAGAUCAUCACAUCCAAAAUUAAGGUCUUUGGAUCUGUUCAUAGUUCAUCAUAUACUAGUCAGAAUGGAAAAAGUGUGGCGUCUACAUUUUAUUCUUCAAAAGGAUUGGUAGAAAGGCACCCAACUCUAAAAAAGAAGGGGAAGGGUGGAACAUCCUUCAUUACAACACAGAUGGCUGUUAGCCCUGUCUCACCAACAAUGACACCCAUGGGAACCGCACAGUCUGCAGCAAGAGAGCUGCUUGGUUCCGUACUGGAUUCAAUUGUUCAAAUACUUGGUGAGUAAAGUACUGAGUUUUAUCAUUUAUUUCUGUGUACAUUUACUUUCUAUUGUUGAUAGUGAAGAAUGUCAUGAUCAGAGAACCAUGCUACUGUUGGUGAGCUUUUGGAGUCAAAAUUAGUACAACAGAGUGACAAUCCAUAUACAUUGAAGUCUGCAAAUGGUGGUACGAACUGGAAUGCUGACACUGAAGUUUCUCAAAUUACUGGAGGCUUUAGUUUGGGUUUCUCAAUGUCAGUCAUACAGGUAAUUUUUGGUAUUAAUUUUAUCGUCUAGGUUUAGGUUUCUUUACGGGAAGGGAAAACUACUUUGUGUUGGAAAACUCAAAUAUUCAUUUGGAAAAAAAAGAAAAAAGCUACUUCUUGCUGAUUUGUUGUUUUGAUUUUUCGAACAUUUUCUUCAUGAUUCUUUAUUUAUUUACCCGGGAACUUAAUGAUGACAUGAAAUCUGAGAAUGUUUCUUUGGUUUACUGUUAUGGACAGAGCGAAUGUCAACAACUGAUAUGUGAGAUUUUGAGGGCAACACCAGAAGCUGCAUCUGCAGAUGCUGCUGUGCAACAAAUGUAUGCUGUCUGAGUGAAAUAUACUUUUAUUUUAUUGUUUAUGAGACGGAGAAUGAUAGUCAAUCUUGUUUCUUGCUGUUGAAUUGCAGAGAUGGAUUUGAUGGUCUUUCUUUUGCAUUCCGAUUUACAGAUACAACAAUUCCUUUGCCAAACCAAGGUAUAUGUGAAAGAAAAUAAAUCUUCGAAAUUUUAUUUGUUCGUUAAUUUCGUUCCUUGAAAACUUUGGAGAUGAACUCUAUUCAAGACUCUGCUGAUGGAAUCUCAAAUUAGGGUCACUGAAGAGAGGCAUGCCUGUUUAAAUAGGCGCAAUCGCAAAUCCUCCAAUGAUUUAUCAUGGUAUCAUUGUCUUUUAUCAGUAGUGGCUACAUUUGGCAACCUCUGUUCUUUGAGCAUUUCAGGACAACUUAUGAGUGUUCUAUUUUCUUAAUUUAGUAUAAUUCCGUGAAACUCCAAACAUCCUUUCAGAUCCUAAAGCCAAGAGAAGGAAACUUUAAGGCAUUAUUUCUACGCAGCGCCUUUGAAUCUAUUUUUGACAAAUAGUUAAUCUCCUGCGUAUAAUACUUUGUGUAGCACAACAGUGACUUGUCAUCCAGUACAGUACAUAAUGGAUUUACAGAUUACUUAUCUCCUCCAUAGAAAAACGGUGAAGCGCCAGAGUGACAUGUCUCAGCCAAUACAGUAUACUGGUAGUAUUUACAGGUAAUUCGUUUGGAAGCUGGCAGUAUGGAAAUUCAGUAUUAAAAUUUAUCUGUGGAUAGGGGACACGUAAAGCUUAUAUCCCCAAAAAUGUCACAUAAUAUCACUUCUAGGGACGUUUUUCAUCACCAGUUGGAGAAUGUCCUCUUUCCCUAGACCAUAAUACGCAAGAUUGGAUUGAGAUCAGGUCUUCUUCAUUGGGCAAUCCAUGAGAAUGGGAGUCAGUCUAAAAAGUCAAAGGGACACAUCCAUUGUUAUAGAUAAUAUAUCUUUAAAUUAUUUGAUAGGGAUAUCAAUACAGUAUGUCCAUUAAAUGAGUGCUAAGUACACAUUUCUACAAAGAACCUUCUGCUCAUUUCAUGGAUUUGAGAUGGCACAGAUCAGCUGCAGCAGUUGUGUGUCUGUUGGGGAGACGGUGUUGAUUGGACAGUGGUCAGCACAAUGAAGCUAAAGGAGGGAGUCAGACUCUGGCUACCACUUUCUUUGGGUAUUAGAAUCCACCCCAAAAUCAUGAUGAAAAAUCAAGAUUACCUGAUUCUUCAAACUCUUCUCAAUACAGAAUCACUUCUGAACUGAUAGUUUUCAUAUUCAGAAUUUCAGAUUUCCUUGUAUUCUCAAACCGCAACAUGUAAUCCAUAGUACAUUCAUGGAUAAAACCAAAAUGGCCAUGAUUGUGAGGUAUAAAAUGAGCAACAUUCCAUGGAAGAUUUUUCGCAGUCACCAGUAGUAAACCUUGAAUAAAUCAUUCUCACACGCAUCAUCAAAAUUUUGUUUGAACUGGGUACAGAUUAUUCAUGAUGUACCUAACAAAACAACUACUUGCAUGAUUCGUUUCAGGGUGUUUAUAAUAACUAAAUGGAAUUGUCUCUCUUACCCAACUUCCGUUAUGGGGUUCUGAUAACACUGCGGAUUUGAUUUACUGGCCAGUGAAAGGGCCAAUUCCACAGUCCUAUGUUCAGAAUAUUUUUCCAGCUAUAAUGUGAUCUUUUUCACGAAACCUUUGGCAGCGCUUGACAUUUGGCUUUCUUGGGCUUCAACUGAGAACUAUUUUGCACUUUGUCUGGUUUUCUUUCAUCUAUUGUAAGUCAACAUGAUACUACAAAAUCGAUUGGAAGGUGGGAGUAGUAACUUUUCAUUUAUUGCAAAACGAUUUAUGACAGAUCACAAAAUGUCUUUCACCUUACAUUCUGAAAAUACAGAUGAAUGAGUCGUAAAAGUAUAUUGUUGCGGGUGAAUAUGCCCGAACGAAAUGAACAUGAAUUGGAAAUAUCGAAAUACCUGUCUGAUCAUACAUUUAACAUUUUCCGUCUUAGAAUUUAUUAAUUAAUUCUGGGUUUUAAUCUUCUAGAUUAGAUAUUAAAAUCCAGUCUUCAAGGAGCAUUGCUUUCUUCAAUCUCCUUUCAUAUGGCAUCUAAGUAUAUUGCAACUCUAUUUCAUAAAGUCAAUAUGGAAAGCUGUAAGCCUAUUUCCACACUGGAAAACAUGGAAAAUAAAAUAGUUAAAUGCAGCCGGAUAGUCACUAGUAAGAAGGCUCAUUAUUGGAUACUUCAAAGAAGGAUACUGGAGAUAAUAACAUAUUAUUUGAAAAGGAUGAACAGAGAAUUGCCUAGUAGAGGUGAAGGAAGAAAAAGAACGUAGGAGAGGAUUGAUCAAGAACAUGAAGACAGGUGAAAAAAAUAAAAUGACUACUGAAGUGCUGCCUAAAGCUAUUCACUGCCCCAACCACUUCUUUUUACCCUGGGCUGAUCUUUUUCGGAAAUCAGCAAACUUGGCUUACGUGAUUGGAAUUCAAUCUGUUCCAGUCGACCGCAUGAUGGGGACUUGGCUUAUUACAUGAGUACCAUUGGCAUCCAGGCUGCAAAUAAUAAAAUCAUGCUGACAUGAUGGGAACUUGCUUUGUUGUUUUUCCACUGGUCAUUGAUUUUGACUGGCGGAAGGUUGCAUUGCUGAAGAUAAUAUAUGCGUGAUUUUGGUUCGAAUGAACACUUAAAAGUUGAUUUUUCUUGGUCAUCGAUUCAUUAUGGUUAUGAUAAUAAUGCAUAUUGUUUCAUAUAUAAGAAAGGUGAUUGUAAUAAUAAUUCAUAGAGUUUAUGGGCUUCCUCAUUCUGCAUGAAGAGAAUGUAGGUAUUAUUCUUCUUUGAAUCUGAAGUAUCAGAACCUCUGUUGCCUUGUCAUUGAAACGCAGAAGUAUGUGAGAAGUUUGUUAUCAUUGAGAAAUCAUUGUUUUUGAACUUUACUUUUUAUGAAGUGAAAGACUAUCUCAUCAAUUAUUUACUUUAGGAGUGGGCCAAGGUUGGCGCAAUCGUCCAAAUGUACUACAAGAAGGGUAUGGGACGGCAGCUGUCCUCCCUGAACAAGGACUAUAUCUGGCGGCAUCAAUUUACCGGCCUAUUCUUCAGGUAUAGUCCACAUUUAGUUCUGUAUGAUGUAUGAUGUAGAUUUAUGAUUGAUGGCUUUAUGUGGUUAUUUUCCAGUUUGCAGAUAAAGUUUCAUUGAUUCUGCCACAAAAGUAUUCACAGCACGGGUAUGUAUUGGGAAUUCUCAAACUGUUUCGUUUUCUUCCCUGAAUAUCAUGUUAUGAUCCAUAAAUGUUUCAAGUUACUUGUUAUUUUUCUUCAUAUGUAGAUAAAAAAUCUAGCUUGCUUGAUUGUUCGGAUCUUUAUGGAGAAUGAUUUCUCUGUUUUUUGUUAAUAGUCAUUGUCUUUGACACAAUCGAAUAUCUAAGAUAUUGGAUAACCUUGCAAUGCCAUAGCAUAGUUUCUUUUUCUCCAAUUUUAUAUGAAUUAUACAGUUCUUGGUUUUUUCCCUCUUCUUAUAUUAGCUAAAUCAUCAAACUGGAAUAUUGCAGCUGUAUAACCACAAUAAUUUUGUCAUAAACGUCACUGGUUUUCAAUCAGACUGAAGUUUCCAAGUAAAUACUUACUAAACAUGGAUAAUGGAUUUUGGUGGCAAUUAGUAGACACCUUUACUUGCUUUAUCUCUACAUUUUAAUAGACAAGACCUUUCUGUGUCAUGGCUUGGGGUACUGUUGUACUUAGACAACGUUAAAAAGAGAGGAUAAGUCUUUGUUAUUAACUGGUGUAAUACGAUACUGCCUUACCUUUGGUCUGUACUGAGUUUUUAAGUCCUCCAUGUAACAACUACUGUGCACCAAAGCAGAGGAAGUUCAACUGUUCAUCCAGAGUAGUCUUUUUUUGGAUAGUGGUAAAUUAGUUUAAAAGAGCAAUUUCUCCUUGAAAACUGUAGGUUUGUCAUCAAUCUGAUAGCUGUUUCAGAAAUUUACUUGGAUACGUAAGGAAAGCAAUCCUAACACAUAGGGAAAGCUCAGAGAAAAAUAACUCAAAAGAGGAGAAAGUAGCAAAAUCUAUUAAUGAUAAGGCAAGAAAAGAUCUAGAUUGGGGCAUAAAGUCCUAUAUUCCUUAAAGACUAGCAUAAUUAUCAAAUUGUCCUCUUGUACUGUUCGUUCAAGUGUAAUUACGUAGAAUAUAAGAAAAACGGUCAAAGCAGACGUCGAAGGCAAUUGCAAGACUAUUUUAGUUGCUAUACAGCUGUAGCCAGCUGUCUUAUAUAUAUACUGCUUUUCCUUAGGUUAGGAUGGAAAUAGUUUAUUGAGAUAUGGGGCUGCCCCAUAGCUCUCUAAAUCUGAUCGGUGUAGUUUGGAUUUUUGAGUAUUUGGUGUUUUCAUUGAAUGCUGUUUUAAACAUUUUUGAUCAUUCACCUGCAAUGAGCUAGUGGUUCUAUUCAUUGGUGUAAACUUGUUAUUUCUGUAAAGAAAACUUAGUUCCGUUCUGACUCUUUGCGUACUUUUGUAUCUUUUCAUUCAUUGGUCUCCUGCUCUCAUUUGAUAAAGUGCCAACUUAUGAUGUCUUGCAUGCCUUGAGCUAAUGUGCUUUUGAUUUUGUGUAAUCUUCAGGAAUGAUGGCUUAUUGGCAUUUGUGGAAAAAUUCGUUAAGGACCAUUUCUUGCCAGCGAUGUUUGUAGAUUAUCGGAAGGGUGUUCAGCAGGCUCUAUCAAGCAAGUUCUUAUUCCGAGUUCUUAUUUUCAUAAUUAAUUAUUCAGUUUAAGCGUAGUAUUUUCUCCCAUUAGCUUAGCUGAAUUGCUCCCUUUAUUUGGUGACUCUAAAAACAAACUGGCUUACAUACUUCAUUAUGGAGUAGCAGAUAUAUCAUUUAUUUAUAGUACUUACCAGCUUAGGUGUAUUGGUUCAGGUCCAGCUGCAUUCCGGCCUCGUGCACAUGCAACUACAGUCUAUGAUUCAUUGGUUGAGAAGGGACGUCCAGUUCUACAGGGACUAUUGGCUAUUGAUUUCUUGGCAAAAGAGGUUCCUCUUUUUGCUGCUUCUAUUCCUUUGUUUCUUGUUCUGCUUACAUAUCAUGCAUUCAAAAUUUCGAUGCUUAUUCUCAGGUUAUUGAAUGGGCACAAGCAAUUCCAAAGUAUGCUGGUGAACUUGUUGAGUAUGUGCAUACCUUUUUAGAGCGUACAUACGAAAGGUGCCGGACAUCAUAUAUGGAGGUAGGAUGCCUAGUGCUUCAUAAAAAUAAAAACAUAUGUUUUUCAUCUUUGGGCAAUCUCACAUAUGCAUACCUGUCUUUAUCAUAAAGAAAUAAAACUCAUUGUAUCAUAUGUACAUUCAGUAUCCAUAAGAGAGUUGCUUGAUUGUAUACGAUUUGCAUUAUGUGAUCAGUGAACUAAAUCAUGAAAAUAAAAAACCGAAAACUACGUAUGAGACCAAGCAUUUUGGCAGGCAGGAAGUUGCAGGAGCUAGAGGGGGCGACUCCCUCUCUACCCCUACCUUUCCUGAAGCCUUGAACAUUUGGGGAUCAGAUCACUGCAGUGGGAAAUAGCCAAUAAUUUUUUCAGUUUGUAAUUUGUGCUUUGUGUGAAAUUGCUUUGCGAUUGAUGCUUUUAGAAAUUACUGUUUUUCAUUACUUGUUCUAGUCUAGAAGUUGUAGAAAUUUUGCUGAUCUUCAGUUCUAGCAAGUACUGAUUUGAGCCAGCCAGAUACUCAUGAUCCAAUCCUGUAAUUUCGUCAUGUCGCCUGGAAGUAGAGACAGUAGAUAGUAGCUUGCUACCACACAUUUACUGUACAGUUAGUCAAAAAUCUCCUCUCAAGUACAGUUUGCUUUAUAUGACUGUACUUACACGUCUGUGCUGUAGAUUGGAUUUAAGUCAGUUAAAAAUCUCCUCAUAAGUACAGUUUGCUGUCAUGCUGAUGCCACUAUACAUUUACUCUCUGUCGAAUUGUUUCUUUUCUAUACUUUUACAAUGGCUGAAUGUCAUUAAAUUUUCCUUUUGAGAUGGACAGGCUGUGUUAGGAAAACAGAGUUACAUGCUCAUUGGAAGGCACGACUUUGAAACAUUGAUGCGCCAGGAUCCAGCAAGUGCAUGUUUGCCAAGUGCAACUCACCAAGUUCCGCAGAAGAAUGUUUCAGAUGAAGAAAUCGUUGAAGUAGAGCAAAAAAUGAGUAACCUAUUACUAGGCUUGCGUCCAAUCAAGCAGGUGUACUUUCUGAGACUAACCUUGGAUGGUUACUUCACUUUCUUUCUAAAUGAAGGCUACUAAAUUGUUUGUCAUCUCUUUGUUACUCAUAUCAAGUGAAAAUAUGUUUUUAUAUGACAAUUUAAUCUUGAUUACAAUUUUACUUAUUUCCAUAUCAUACAGGAGAAUCUAAUCCAUGACGACCACAAGCUCAUUUUGUUGGCAUCACUUAGUGACUCUUUGGAGUAUGUUGUGGACUCGAUAGAAAGGUAAUCAUCAUCCUUUAAUUGUGAAAUUACUUUUUUUUAAUGGAUUUUUUUUUAUCUUAGUCUCCUUAGGCUGAAAAUUUAUCAUAUUUUCACAUGUUCAUGAUGGUACAUAUAUAAUUUAGUGUGCAUCAAGGAGUAUAAUUUCGAUUCAUUAAUUCAUCAGAUUGAAUGUUGUAUAUUUUUCUUGAAUGUGAAGGCCGUCGUGAUUUACUUAUAUGUAAAGUCUUAUUAUAAUUUCACAAUCAUAUGGUUUCAUCCCAUGCAUGGGGUUCUAAAAAUUAUUAACUGAUCGUGGUGGCAACCUUGCUUGGGAUGAAGUGCUACUCUAGCAGAUUCAGAUGGUGGAAGGAAAAAUGCAAGUAACCACAAGAGAAACUUUAGAAAUUGAGAAUGGCAGAAAGGGUGCUGAUGCUGAUCUAGUACAGAAAAUGUUUGGUGUGAGCCAUAGUACGACCUGUUAAUUCAGAUCCUGUCAAAUAUUGACACUAUUUCGCCCCAACCUUUUGGUGGUUUGGAUUUAUAUUUUAUUUAUUUUUUUACCAGACAUAGAACGUUCUAUUAAGUUACCGUACAUCUGUUUUGCUGGAAUGAGUUCUAGCUUGACUUUGAUGGUUCACCAUCCAUUUACCCUACUGUAACCGGUUUCUGUGGUAGUUCAUACCCCUCACUGUGUGUUUGUUACCCAUGUUCAUAAAUACUCUUGUACACGACGUGCAACACCUAGAGAUCAGGGGACCAAAAUGCAUUAAACAGGUAGAAUAAAAAAACUGUCUUUUACUAAAUACAAUUUCACAGUCGCAUGGCUAUUCUCACAAACAACAAUGGGCUAUCUCUCUCAUCUUCUGCUUCAGUCAAAUUAAGAGUGAUAUGGCUUGUCUACAUCUUAUUCCAUUCAGCAGAACACGAUGAGCAUGCCCUGGUUGGCUGCCGGGUACGUGGUGCAUGUUCCCGGUGACAUGUCUGACUAAAAUGUGUGUAUGACUGGAAGGGAUGGCACGGAAAGACUGGUGUAGGCAAGAGGACAUGAAGUGCAUGCCCCAUAGGACGUGGGCACUCUGGCAUGCAAGGACAGCCACACAAGACCUGACAGAGAAAUUUGGUGGCUUUGCACAGGGAACAGAGUGUGACUGGUUGUGGAACUUCACAUCCAUGGGAAAGACAUGCAACCUAAGCUCAUCAGUGGUAGCAUGGUGUGGAGCAGGGUACAAGGCAUUGACGCUCAUCAGAAACCCCUGCCACACAUAGCCCUAUCACAGAGCAGCAUUUUGGGCCCAGGGCAUGUUUCACAGUGAUGUAUAGGAGUUGGCUGUAGCCUCGGUGGAUGCUGCUAAAAAGGACUGAUUCAUGUUUGGUUCACAUGACAGAUGGUUCUUUGCAUAAUCUAGGAACUUCCUUGUUCCAUGUGGUGCAAAAGAUCAAGUAGCCUUUGCAGGUGCAUACGUUAGGGUCUUCAGCAAAAUGUUUGCAGGGUGAGCAUGACUUCUUAUGAUGGAUAUCAGAUGAAUGCCUGUAUCCUAGGUAUAAACCUCAGCAGGUAUGCUUGACAUCAUAAAAGUGAAUAGGAUUCUUUACUGCAUGCACAGUUUGCUCUGGAUUGUGUAGUAUGACAUGCAUACGAAAUAGAACAUGAUUUACAGAUAAGCAAACCCCUACUCGGUCCAUCUUCCAUUCCAUUGUAUUGUUUUCAUAGAGACUCUCUGUUGGAAGUUCUAGGUCAUAAGGAAAUAAUGUAAAAGGUUGAGGGUAUUUUGCAACAGUUGUAUGAGGUUCUUCCCUAUAAAAAAGGAGUUACAUGUGAAUGAAGAGUGAGGCAGUUGUACGCCGUUCUCCCCUCUGUCUACUGUGACAGAGGUUAUUCUCCCUGUUCCUAUGAUUCUCUACAUGGUAUCAAAGCAGUCUUAGGGUUUCAAACCCUUUUUUGGCAUCAUUGUAGGCUGAUGCUGCCAUUGUCGACAUUCUCGGCCGCCAUCUGCUAAAGUUAUUAGUGUCGUGCUGCUUUUCAGCGAGGUCUUUUGCCUCUGUUGAGUAUCUUUCCGGCAAGGGUUUCUACCUUUGCUUUGGUGUUUUCCAGCGAGGUCUUCUUCCUCUGCCAAGUAUCAUUCUGGCAAAGGUCAAUGGCUUUAUUAGUGCUCUCAUACAACUAGCAUCUAAUUGGAUUACAAUCAGUCAUGUAUUCUUGGUGGCUACGAGCACAAAGGUCAACUAGUGGAUGAUCAACCACCAUGCAUGCUAAGCUAAGAUCUAGGUGUAUGCUGCCAAGGUUGCUUGCAUGGUCUUUAAGGUCUCCAAGUUAGUUGAGCUUCAUUGAGGCUUGGUGAUAUGCAUCUAUUAGGUGAGACACUUUGUGAUCAUCAAGUUAGUCCUUAUUGCAUGGCUCGAGUCAAAGGUUGGUGCCAAUAUCGCAAUGUCUCACAUCUUUUAGGUUGACCUCACUAGGGUCCCAGCCAUGUGCUAAGAACUAACUUGGUGCUCCCAAAGUGCCCCAAUUGGUGGAUGCAUGUCUCGAUGGAGGUCAUCUAGCUUGGAGACCCUAAAAACUAUGUAAGCAACCUGGGCAGCAUACGCUUGGAUCUCAACUUAGCCAAUAUGGUGGUUGAUCAUCCACCAGUUGACCUUUGUACUCAUAGGCACUAAGAGUGUAUGGCUGACUGCAGUCCCAUUAUAUGCUAGUUGCAUGAGACCACUGAUACGAUCAUUGACCUUGUCUGUAAUUGACCCCACCAUCUUGGUCAGCCCAUUGACCUCUGUUAUGUCCGCAUCAUGGUCAGUCUUCUGUGUCAAGCUUAAGGCCAUAUAGCUUGACUUUGACAAUUAAUGCAAUGGCUAGAUCUAGGAAAGUGCACUGAAGGGUAGUGACAUUGUCAGGCCACUCGAUAUAGCUAUGUGCACAUAGCAGCUUUGUCUCCCAUUUGGCAUUGACUACAUGAUUGAGCACUCGCACAUGGUCAUUGAGGGCCAAUGUAGCGUCAGCACCAGCUGCAAUGCCAAUGAUGUCAAGGUCAUUGAGGAUGAUGACAGGCAAAGAGUAAGAUCUGAAUGUGCACAUUCAGCCCCACCAUCUUGGUUGGCCCAUUGACCUCUCCUUUUGUCGAACAUUCUCCCUAGUAUGGUGACCAAAAUUUCCCACAGUCCGUGUCGCUACUAUGUUAUCUGGCACUGUCCUUCAUCUGAUGUCAUCCUUCCUUUGUUCAGCAUAGUUCUCUGUUUGGUGCCAUCUCAAGCAUGUCAAGGUCAUCAUGUGGAAUCCCGUGCAGUCUGGCACCAUCUCGUAUGGUCAAACGUCAUAAGGCACCAUUGUCUUACGAAGCAGCCCUGCAACAUCACAACCCAGCAGAAGAAAGAGAAAUUCGACACCGUCACAAGGGGAGUUGCUGCCACAACGGGUCAUCUUUGUGACAAGUGAAUGCUUGUCAACAACUUAGUUAAGAGAAACUUUAGAAAAGUUUAUCUUGAGGGAGAGUGUUGUAAGUUCUGGGUCGUAAAGAAAUAAUAUAAAAGAUUGAAGGCAUUUUGAGUUAAUUGUCUAGGGUUCCUCCUUAUAUUAAGGGUGUACAGGUGAAUGAAGAGUGAGGUGGUUGGCUGCCGUUCUCCCCUUUGUCCUCUGUGAUAGAGGUUAUUCUCCCUGUUCCUAUGAUUCUCUACAGAAACCCUAGUGACAAGUCAUUUGUUGGCAAAGAGAUCAUCCAUUUGCAUUCAUUGGCGGUAGAGGAGUUGAUCAUCCUUGGGUGAUAUCCACCGAAAACCUUGAUAGUUUUUGGUAGAACAUUGAUUCAAGUUAGUACCCUGUGACACCAUCAUAUUGAAGAGCUAAAUAUGAACUUCAAGUCCCUAACCUAACGAACAGCUUGCUGGGUGACAUAUCCAAACUCAUCUCAGUCAAACCUAUCCUCAGCGUGGAAGGAGAAUAGGGAUCACACCUGCUACAUGGCCUUGAAAGAAAAAUAACAUCUCCUCAUGUGGGAAAUAAUCGCAAUCUGCAAAAUCAUUUUUUCCAUAACAAUCUCCUAUGGAGUUUGCAAUAAUCUAAAGUAAUUAUACUGGACAAACUAAUUGAUUGUAUGCCUGUCAAGACUCUUGGAACAUACUCUGUGCUCUAUUCAACUAUCAUGGAACUUAAGCAUGUUCCCUUCGGAGAGUAUUCACUUGCUGGAUAUUGCCGAAUGAGGUGACUUGCCAAAUGGCUAUGGGGGAAUGCGUAUUCAUCUAAACUAAUUAGGUGAGCUACAGGGGAAUGAGGUGACUUGGCUAAACUAAUGUCAACCCUCCCAAAACACUUCUGGGCACCAACACCAUCUCAAUUACAUUUUAGAGAACUAAAAAUUUCUAACAUGGAGAGGAAAUUUUUGUAGAUGAAAUUUCAAAGACUACUUUCAUGUUAUGAUGAAUUAAGCUUUCAUGUUAUGAAAUUUCAUUUUGAGAGGUAUUAGAUAUGAUGGUAGCAGGAGUUCAUUGAUUUUUUUUGCUCUUGCCAAACAUUUGGCGCUGAACGUUUUCUUUAUUUGAAAAUAAUGAAUUUGUUCUGGAAUUGGACAGUAGGUGUGCAUGCGACAGUGGAUCAUGCUGCUUAACGAGUGCAGCCUCUUUUGUUUUUUGUUUGUUCAAGGAUAUGCUCCAUGAAAAUCUAAUUCCUACAUUUGGGAGAAGAAAAGGAAAAGUCAUCCAUGAAACUCUAAUUUCUACUUUUCUGUUGGUUGUGAGAAUGUGCUUGAUAUUGGCUGGUCCUCUGAUCUAGGAAAGCUGAUAACCUUGUUUUUUUGCGACAACUUUGACAAGAAUUAUCUGUGGAAGGAGUGACAUUCAUGCUAUGUGGUUUAAAUUUACUCAUUAUAGCCUCACAACUGAAUGAGAAGAAGCAUGGUACGAACGGAAAGGACAUCAUUUCGUUCCAAGAGCAGUGAUCCUUUUCAUCCCCUUACCAAUCUUCUGGGGAGCGUUCACCCUUAGUCUUGAUAUUGGCCUUUUUACCAUGUAGAUUUCCGAAACUAGCGAGGUAAAUUCGUCAACGAUAUGCAUGGAGCACAUUUCCACAGUUAGCCAUAAAACGUGGUCCACUCUAGUUCUCAGUUGAGCACUCUAUUCUAGGCAGAAGCUGACUGUGGACAUAUUCAAUGUCGACCUUAGUUGGAAUAGCAUUGCUGGUGAUCAUUCUAAAAACGGAAUGAACUUUUUCCGAUUGGAAUUCCUCCCAUUUUCUGGAUACGCACUUUUGUGUUGAACGUAUGGAGUAUGAAUCUAGGUUUAGUGGGUUCAGAGGGUAGUAUGGUCUCUCUCUGUACACUUUUGAUUAAUGGAACGUCACUUUAUCUUGACAAUUUUUGCAACUAACAAAACUAAGAACACAAUUUCAUAUUAUUUUCCUCCUGAUCAUUCCAUUUAAACUGGUCUAAAGCAUUGGCUUGUCACCUGCCCUUAAAAUGAGUAAAUAUAAUGGAGCGUGUGUUUUUCAACUGCCGUUGACCUUCUACUGUGUUUUUCAACUGCUGCUGCCCUUAAAUGUUGUGGUUCCUUUUUUACGGGUUUUCCUUGUGUGAGAGACAUUUGAUGCACAUACAUUUUUGAGUAUGAGUUUUACUCCCUUUGUUUCAUUGCCUGUGAAACUUGUCAUCAUGUCAGGUGUUUAGCUAGUUAUGGAGCUGAAUUCCUUUACCUUUUCCUCUUUACUAUUGUUCUUUCCUAACAUAACUAUGUAUAGUUCUCGUUCACUAUCUUAAAAAAACCUUACUGACAUCAAAUAUCUAAGUACUAGACUUUUAACUUUUAUUCAUGACUAGGCUGGCAGAGUGUGCUCCUCAACCUGUACAGAGCACAAGCACACCAGCAAGGGAUCUUACGUCCCUUGCUGCCGAAUAUAGAAGACUUGCAGUUGAUUGUCUCAAGGUUUUGAGGGUGGAGAUGCAGCUAGAGACUGUCUUCCAUAUACAGGUUCAGGGGUUAAAUUUUUUGUUGUGUGCUUAAUAAAUGACGUUGUCCGUUUCAAUGGCAUAUCUGACAUACCUGGGCACAAACAGGAAAUGAUCAGCAGGGAAUACAUGGAAGAUCAAGAUGCAGAAGAGCCAGAUGAUUACAUUAUUUCACUCACAACACAGGUCAGCGUUGUAUGCUAGUGAAUUUGUUCCAUUUGUUUUUUGAAACCCUAGUCAUUUCCAUGAUUAUCUGCAGUUGCUUCUCUAUCUAAUAAUGCAAUCUUGGGAACCUUGCAAUGCUGAGCUUAAACUACAAAGUUAGUUUUGCUCUACAAAGUAUAGAUGAUGACAGCCUUAUAUGCUCUAUGAAUUUAAACAAUCGAAAAUAGCCCAAUUUAUACGCUUAGGAACUGGAAAAAAUGCAUACAAAUCCUUGCACAUGAGGUUGAUAUGUACCUAAUGAAAGGGCAUUAUGGCAUCAUGGCUAUUUAUGUGUAUAUCCAUAUUUUAUCUUUCUAUGGGAAAAAACAUUAGUUCGUGUUCCAAAAUGUGAAACUAAUGCAAAAAAAGCACAUAUCCAACUUUUUGCACUUCUCACUCACAACAAAUCAAACCCCCUCCCCCCUCACAAAAUAUGAAGAAAGGGAGUUCAUGGGGGAUCAGGCAACUAGUAAGACCUAACUGAGAACUAUUUCAGGUAGGAAGUGAUGAGGACUUCACCACCUGUCCUUGAAACGAAAUAUAAGUUGACGGAAUGAGACCAAGAGCAUACUUGAUAAUCUGAAAGGGCUGACCUUUCAGUGACGAGGAUGAAUAUUUUUUCAAGUAACUUCAUCCAUUUAACCGUAUCAAUGAUUGGCCAUAUAGUUGUGAAAGACACUUUUUUUCUCACGUGAAAUCAGAUUCUUGACCCAGUUGUAUAAUCUUGAAGCACUGAGGCAGAUUUGACAGAAAGCGCUAGUGUAUUUUAGUUCUACUGAAUGAUAAAAUGUAUCACUAUGAUGAAUCGUGGGUACACCAAUAAGGUGCUGACAAGAUGAAUGUUAAACGAGAUUGGGCUGACAAGUACUAAGAUAUAGUGACUUGAGCAGCUGGGGUUUCAAGAAGUAUGAAUUUUAAGAUGUUGCUUCGUCUUUAUAGACCAUCCAUGAAUGCCAAUUACACUAUUGAAUGAGUAAAGAGGUGCCUCGUGAAAGUCAAGAAGAUAGCAUUGGUUCCAAAACUAGAUAGGAAAGACUACAGCUGAAGGACUUGCUUGAGGUGAGCAUCGUAUGAACAUCAUCACGAGCAAUGAUCAUGCCUCCAAACCGUAACAUUGGAUGUUAUUAUCUGAGUUAGUGUUUCUGAGCAUAAGCAUAUCCUGGUAGGCUUGAUAAAUGUGAACAUCAAAGGACCAAAGACAAUCUCAUGGUGGCUCUUAGUGAACGUAAACAUCAAGAAGACCAAAGAGCAUAUUACCUGUCGCAACAAAGAAAAUGGUGCUUGUUUGAGCUUAUAAGAGCGUGGUGAAUAUGACGCUUACGCCAGGAUGAUACUUGUUGUUAUGAAUGGAAAUGCAGACAGACCAUCCAUCUAAGAGAGUGACAAAUUUCUUUUAAAUCCAUCAAACGAUUAAAGGGGAUUUGAUCCAAAGUUUUAGUGGAAAGGGGUGCAACUUCCUCGUCACCAUCAAUGGUUCUCAUGGGUAAAGCCACACAAGACAUCGCAACUUUGCAUCUCUUCUCGCUGUGAUCUUAUAGCUGUGGUUUCAUUUUAUAAAAGCAAAUGAUAAAUAGCUUGCUUGAGGUGGAGUCUUGGCAUAGCUUGUUUCUCCUCAGAGGGCUUCAUUGUCUUAAGGAUGGCUGCAAAAAGAGAAAGAAAACUAGGAAAGUAAUGAUUGCAGAGGCACAAAGUUACACCACCUCUGUGAAACUUGGGGUUUGCUUGCCAACAUGGAAAGUGGGUUCUGUAUAUGUUUCCUAAGAGGUAAGAUGUGACUGUUUGAUUUAGAUUACUUUGGUUCCGUAUGAUGAGUUGGACAGAUAUGUGUUGGAGAUCAUCUAUAACCGUCUUAAUUUCUGAUUUCUGUGCUCUUGAUUCUUGAUUUUUUUAUAUUUGAAUCAUGAUUUUCAUGGGCUUGAAGAGCCAAGACUUCUAAGAUCCUCUCACAAAAAAAUUGUAAGGGAGUCUGAGAAUUUCUUCAGUGGAAGGGUCUUUGCUUUUUCUUCCCUCUCUUCCAAAGGAGUUUCUGAUUAAAAAAGAUUUUUUGUUUUUGUUUUUUUGGUUCUGAAAUUUAAUGAUUCUUUAUUAUGGAUUGAUCUUUUCUAACUUUUUGUAUAUUUAUGAUUGUUUAUCCUAAAGAUAAUGCGUCGUGAUGAGCAAAUGGCACCCUUUGUUUCUGACCUGAAGAGGAGUUAUAUAUUUGGCGCCAUAUCAAGUGUUGCAGCAUAUGCAUCGAUUAAGGUUUAGCAUAUUUUACUUUUUAAUUUUCUUAAAAAUAAAUCCCAUCUCUUGUUUUGAAAAUAAAAGGUUUUUUCGAGAUUAUUUACAAAGUUAGGAGGUGCUAAUUACUAAUACUGUGGUUAUAAUAUUUAUACUCAGGCCCUGACAGAGAUGAAAUCCAUCAAUCUUUUGGGUGUCCAACAGAUCUGCAGGAAUUCUAUUGCCCUUGAGCAGGUGAGUUUGGCAUGCAGGAAUUUUCUUCUUUUCGAAAUGCUCAUCAUUAACUUCCUAAAUUCAAUUCCAUCGGAUUUCUUGAUGCAAACAUCUCCUCCGUUCUAUCGGCAUCAAUCAAUUAUUGGUACAAAUUCCGAGAAAGGAAAAUUGAUGAGGCUCUUCCCCCAUUAUUCUGAUAACCAAAUAGCUCUGGCCAGUCGGUUUGUGAACAGGACAUAUACAUUGAAGGCUCUGGAGAGGAGAGUGAGAGAGAGAGAGAGAGAGAUAGAGAGAGAGAUAGAGAGAGAGAGAGAGAGAUCUGAUUUAGAGGUGGAGAAAGAAGGCUCAUGGAGUGGGUGGGGCCUACCGGCUUAGUGGACUUGUGAGUCAGCCAUUUAUGACUAGGUGGUGUAAGGCAAGUCGCAUGGAGGGGGAACGGAAUCAGUGUUUUGACUUUCCUGUUUUGGAAUGGUUGACCCAGAACUCGACAGAAACUAAUGUGAUUGUCAAAGUGGAGGACUCCCAUUUGGUCUUUAAAAGGGUUGCAGUUCAGGAUUCUCACUACCAGCAGAGCUGAUCCGGACUGAAUUUUCCAUUAAUCAAUACUGAUUAGGGUGGGGGUUCAAUACUUAUUUUCUGAAUAAUUGCGGAUGUCUGUGGUUUGAUUAUGAUUUCUAGGAAAAAAAAUAAAAUUAUUUAGUUCGAGAGAACUGGAUUGACGGCUCUAAAGUUAUCACAGCCAUGAGAAUGUGUUUUGGUUCAGUAUGGGUAAUCUAACGUUGUAGAAUCCCCCCCAAUUCAGUAUCUUGUUCGUGGUUCAAACUAAAAUUAGGGUUCUUAGUUGAUGAAAGCUAUUGGGUCCAAAUCAAUCCAGAGUAGGAACCCGUCAUCGACAGAGCUUGGCCAGAUAUUUUUAAGCGAUUGCCAUAUUCAGACAUCACUAACGUACAUAUGUAGAGUCCAAGUGGCCACAUCUACCUGAAUCAAGCACAAAAGUUUGAAAUUGUUACAGAGAGAGAGAGAGAGAGAGAGAGAGAGAGAGACUCCUUCCUGUACAGAUGUUGGGUAUAGCUUAUUAAUCUCUGUGGCUCAUUCUAUGGGCAUUCUUCUCAACAAUCUCGCUCAACAUUCCCCAGGCGGUGGCAGCUGUCCCUGCCAUGGACAACGAAGCCGUGCAGCAGAGGUUGGACCGUGUCCGGACCUACUACGAGCUCCUCAACCUGCCCUUCGAUGUGAGUGACCACUCCCUUAGCCGUGCCACCCCCCAUCUUUCCAAUUAUGGAAACCCUCUCUCACUGACCACCCUGAUCUUCUUCCUUCUUCUUGCUUCCUCCUUCCUUGUUCGAAGGCACUGCUGGCCUUCAUAUUGGAGCACGAGUUCCUGUUCACAUCGUCGGAGUAAGAAUCCGCCAAGUGGCAGCCACCCAUUUCGUUUCCACGUAUAUUGGAGGGCUUGGCUGACGUGGAGCUGACUUGGCAGGUACUUGACCCUCCUGAGAAUCAGGGUCCCGGGGAGGGAGAUCCCAGAUGAUGCCGAGAAGCGGGUCGCCGAGAUCUUGACCGCUGAAUAA